AUGGCGUCUUCGUGUUCUUCCCCUUCGCCCCCGUCGAGUCUCAAAGCUCCCACUCUUGCCGAUGCUCAAAUCAAAGAGGAGGAAGAUGAAGUGGAAGUCGGCGACAAUCAUCCGUCCUCUUCGGCCGCCACGGCCAACGUGCUCCCGGGCAACGGAAUCGACAUGAGCAGUGUCUUCCAGGUAAUUUCUCACCUCCAAAUCACCCGUGCACAUAUUCCCUUUAGCUCCAGAACAACGCCGCUUUCCAGGCUCUUCUCGGAGCCGGCGCCAUCGGACUAGGAAACAAUCCGAAUGUGACCAUCUCAACUCUCUUCGGAAACCCAAAACUGACAGCGAUGAAAAGGGAGAUCAAGACGGAAAGCGUCGAUGGAGAUUCUCCAAAAAAGACACGAGUCAAAGUUUUCGCCAACGGGUACUUCAUGACGUUCGACAAAGUGUCGUCGUGUCAGAAGAAGCAUUUCUGGCGGUGCGAAUACAAGAACACGUGCAAGGCGCGGAUGCACACGGACAUUCUCAGCGAGAUGGUCCGCUCGACCGCCUCAUGCGCUACUCCAGUCAGCGUCCCCACUCAGAUUCUUCAAUUUAUCCACGAUCACAAUCACAAUCCCCCAACAGACGAUGAAAUCAGACUCUACGGGCUCGACCCAACGACCAUCGAAAAGAAUCAAGUGUACAUCGUUGGAAACACUGCCGAUCCGAACCAACGACGGAAGAUCAGAAAGCAACAAGCCGAUGCGGAAGCGGCGAUCAAGAGAAUUGAGCAACAGCAGCAGGAGGAGAUCCAACGUCACCAGACGGCGGCGGCGAUCGCAGCGGCUCAAGCGGCCGUUGCGCAAGCGACUGGAAGACAGCCGAGUCCCGCAGCUUCCGUUGCCGCUGCCGCCAGCCUUCUGCAGGCUGUCAACUGCCCGACGUCUUCGGCAACCGCCACGUCUCAUGCGAUGCUUCUGGCUCAGCUACCAUUCGCGAAGAAGGAAAUCACGCAGAUGGCACCACCGCCGUACAUAUCUCCGAAUCUAGUAAGUUAUAUUUGCUCCCAAGUUCUUCGCAACAAUAAAAUUCAGCCGUUGCAGACUUCGACUCCAACCUCGUCAGCGCAGAACCUUCUCGCGAUGAGCUCUGGAGCCAUUGCUCCACUUGUCAUUCCUCAGGAAUCGUCGUUCGAUGCUUCUGGUCUCCUUCGUCAAGGGCCGACGAAGAGAAAGAUCAGAGAGACUGCCAACGAAGACGAAGAAUUGAGACGCGAUCCGAUGUUCGAGCCGACGUUUGAAAUUGCCAGGAAACUGCGGAAGUUGUGGAAGGGCGAGCCGAGUCGCUACCCGAGAACUUGCACCGCGCCGACCCGCCACUUCGAGUUCUACCUCUCGAAGAACGACGGAACCGACGAGCACCUGUACAUGCAGAUGCGGAUCGAGCAACGCGAUGAAACGCAUCUGAAGGAGGCGCUGCAGGAGUUCUGCGGACAGCAGUGCAUCGGAAUGCUUCUGUUCGGAAUCUCUCCGAAGAUCAGCGUGAUGUUCAAUCAGCCGAUGCUCUGCAACUGGGACAACCAUCAGUUCUUCCUGCUCGACAUUUCGAACCCCAGCCGCUGGCGACUGAUGUACGUCGACGACAAGGCCGUCUAA